AUAUAUUCCAGUGCUAAUAAAUCCUUUCAAUGGCGAGGUGAAGCAGUGAAAGCACUGAUUCGACGUAUGAUUGGGUAUGGCCGUCGCCGGGCGACAACCCAUCAGAGUCCAGUGCCUAGCCCAAGCCGGCACACCGGAAGUUCCCCCUCAGUACAUACAACCCCCGGAAAGCAGACCCAACUUACCAUCGCAACCUCCGAGGACCGCCGCCCGCGGAGGGGAUAAAACCAUCCCGGCAAUCGAUCUGGCCGGCACCGCCGCCAUCGUCCGGGACGAGGUCGGACGUGCGUGCAGAGAAUGGGGGGCGUUUAACGUCAUAAACCACGGCGUUCCGAUUCGGUUGCUCGACGAGAUUAGGCGGGUAGGGUCGUCGUUCUUCGAGGAGUGUCCGAUGGAUCUGAAGCUCCGGUACUCUUGCGACCCCAGUUCCGCUGCUUCCGAAGGCUAUGGAAGCCGGAUGUUGGUGACCUCCAACGACUCCGUUUUGGACUGGAGGGACUACUUCGAUCAUCACACUUUGCCCCUUUCUCGCCGCGACCCUUCGCGCUGGCCCCAUUUCCCCCCAAAUUACAGAGAAGUGGUGGUGGAGUAUAGUGAUCAUAUGAAGGCCCUUGCUCAGAGGCUUUUGAGGUUUGUCUCUGAGAGUCUUGGCCUGCCGCCUUCAUGCAUUGAAGAGUCUGUUGGAGAAUUCUACCAGAACAUUACAAUUAGCUAUUACCCACCAUGUCCACAACCAGAGCUCACUCUUGGUCUACAAGCCCACUCAGAUAUGGGGGCCAUUACCCUUCUCAUCCAGGAUGAUGUUGGGGGUCUCCAGGUUCUCAAAGAUGGUGAAUGGGUAAAUGUACAUCCUAUGUCCGAUGCCAUUGUUGUCCUUCUGGCGGACCAAACUGAGAUCAUAACCAAUGGCAAGUAUCCAAGUGCCGAACAUAGGGCGAUCACUAACGGCAGGAAGGCACGACUCUCGGUGGCCGCAUUCCACGACCCUGCAAAGACAGCAAAGAUAUCGCCAGCUUCAGAGCUCACCGCCCAGUCUUCUUCCCCCCGCCGAUACAGGCAAGUAACUUACGGCGAUUACGUCUCGUCUUGGUAUGGAAAAGGUCCUGAAGGGAAGCGGAAUAUUGAUGCCCUGCUUCUGUAAUAUUUACUAGUAGCAUAGAUGGAUAUGGAUUGUACGCUUCUUCGUAAUUUUCCCACACUGGAUCUCAUAAAUUCCAAUUUGGAUUGGAGAGGA